CACCUGAUCUAGCCUCUUCCUACCUGCCUUCCAUCUUUACGGACAUGUAUUUCCAUCGUUAGAGCGGCGAAUCGACUCUCUUGUCAAUAUAAUAGACAAUCUUUGUGUCAGAGCUGAUCAUAACAACCUUCCAGCUAGCAGCUUUGAGUUUGUCUUCCACUUGAGAGUGGACAUUUAUUAGUGCCGUGUUAACGACUGAAGUAAUAACCGGACAUAAACACAGAUCGUCAUUAUGCCUUCUGCUUGUGACUCCCCGAUCGAUGACAUUGAGGACAUGGUGUCAGCUGACGACCCGACUCCACAGGAGAGGCAGUAUGCCAGGAAGAGCAUCGUCCCCAGAGCCAGGAAGAGAAACACCCAGCAGACGACAGAGGUGCUGCAAGCAGACAGCGUGAUCCCGGGCAUGCAGAAGAUCUGGAUGAGGACGUGGGGCUGCUCCCACAACAACUCAGACGGGGAAUACAUGGCUGGACAGCUGGCGGCGAGCGGAUACAAGAUGACAGAGGACCCUGCGGAGGCUGAUCUGUGGCUGCUCAACAGCUGCACUGUGAAAAACCCGGCCGAAGAUCACUUCAGAAACUCCAUCAAGAAGGCCCAGGAGCAGGAUAAGAAGGUGGUGGUAGCUGGAUGUGUUCCCCAGGCCCAGCCCAGGAUGGACUACCUUAAAGGACUCAGCAUCAUCGGGGUUCAGCAGAUUGACCGUGUGGUGGAGGUGGUGGACGAGGCUGUUAAAGGUCACUCGGUGCGUCUGCUGGGUCAGAAGAAGGACAACGGGAAGCGUCUUGGUGGAGCCAGACUGGAUCUGCCCAAGAUUAGAAAGAACCCUCUGAUAGAGAUCAUUUCAAUCAAUACAGGUUGUCUGAAUGCCUGUACGUACUGUAAAACCAAGCAUGCCAGAGGAGACCUGGCCAGCUACCCCGUGGAGGAACUCGUGGAGAGAGCCAGACAGUCCUUCCAAGAGGGUGUGUGUGAGAUCUGGCUGACCAGUGAGGACACCGGGGCAUAUGGGAAGGACAUCGGGACAGACCUGCCCACUCUGCUAUGGAGACUAGUGGAAGAAAUUCCCGAAGGUGCCAUGCUGAGACUGGGCAUGACCAACCCUCCGUACAUCCUGGAGCACCUAGAGGAGAUGUCUAAGAUCCUGAACCAUCCUCGUGUGUAUGCCUUUCUCCAUGUCCCGGUGCAGUCUGCCUCCGACAGUGUCCUGAUGGAUAUGAAGAGGGAGUACUGCGCUGACGACUUCAGGCGCGUCGCUGACUUCCUGAAAGACAAGGUUCCUGGUAUCACCAUCGCAACGGACAUCAUCUGUGGUUUCCCAGGGGAGACGGAUGCUGACUUCCAGGAGACAUGUGACCUGGUGAAGGAGUAUCGCUUCCCCAGCCUCUUCAUCAACCAGUUCUACCCCCGGCCUGGCACCCCCGCCGCCAAGAUGACCCAGGUCCCCGCCCAAGUGAAAAAACAACGGACCAAAGAGCUGUCGACCCUGUUCCACUCCUAUAACCCCUACCACCACAAGAUUGGGGAGACCCAGCUGGUGCUUGUGACUGAGGAGUCCUUUGACUCCCAGUACUAUGUGGCUCACAACAAAUACUAUGAGCAGGUGCUGGUGCCCAAGAGGUCAGAGUUCAAGGGGAAGAUGAUUGAGGUGGAGAUCUUCGAGGCCGGCAAACACUUCCUGAAGGGAAGACCGCUGGAUGGCUCCGAAGUGUUCACUCCCUCCAUCGCCGAGCCACUGCAGCAGGGGGAGGUGUCUGGGCUCAGUCAGGAGCAGCUGUCCCUCCAGCAGAAUGGGUCCGUCCCCUCCUCAGGCGUGCUGACUGUAUCCUGGAGCCCCUGGAGCCUGGACAGAGAGGGGCUGAAGCUGCUGUCUAUCGGCCUGGCUGUGGUGGCUAUCCUAGUGGUCUUCAUGUGGGAGAAACUCCACUGAGACCGAGGAGCUGGAAGACAUGGACCUGGGCCUGUAUUCAUAGAGCGUCUCGGAGGAGGAGUGCUGAUCCAACAUCAGGGCCCCCUCUUUUACAAUCAUCCUUAUAUUCUACAAGGCAAAACUGAUCCUAGAUCAGCAUUCAUACACCGAGACUCUUUAUGAAUAAGGGACCUGGAUCAAAUAAAUAUGGAAAUGAUUUCCAAGUACUUUGUACUGGGCAAACUAAAUCAAGCCUAGCUCGAGUAUUUGAAAGAGUUUGACAUGUUUAUUUGGCCUAUAGGUUUGGUUGAAAUGGGUUUUGGAUGGGUCCUAGUUUAGCUUUAUAUGAGGAAAAAAACUUCCCAGUCUUGGACAAAGACUGAUGGAUUCUGGAGCUGCAUGUGAGAGUUAGGAAGAGGAGACGAGGGUAGGAAACAAGGACAGGAGAUAAGGAGAGGACAGGUUAAAGACACGUUGUGUGAUACUCUGGUUUAAGAUGGUGGAUAUCUUUAAUUAAAAGUAUUUAUUUUUACCAACAAUGAAACAGACACAGAGGAACAGGUAUAUUUUUGGUAAUGAAUUUACAUCACAGUAAAAGCCACACUCUCUGUGUCUGUCGUACUGUCAUACCACAUUGUGAUUGUUUACCAAAACAUUUGUUGUUGUUUUUUCCUCUCGUGUUUCUCUAUUUGUAUUUCUGUUUUUAUGGUUUUCCAUUUGAACGUCAGUCUACUACUGAGUAGACGGAGACCCCUUUGUGCCCUGGUAUGAAGUAGUUAGAGAACAGGGUGCCAUUUGGGAUGCUGUGAUGUUACGGUGUGAAACUGCAUGUUGUUUGGAUUCUAUUCAUGUACAUCUCAGCAGUAGAUCAUCUCCUAUCCCAGGGGACUUAUUGUCUGGUCUAGAUCCCUGUCUGCCUCUCAAAUGGCACCCUAUUCCCUUUAUAGUGCACUACUUUCCACCAGGACUGGCACCCUAUUCCCUAUAUAGUGCACUACUUUUCACCAGGACCCUAUGGGGGGGGGGGGGGGGGGGGUCUGGCCAAAGGUAGUGCACUAUAUAGAGAAUAGAGUGUAAUUUGAAACACAGACUUGACAGUGUUUUCUCAUCUUUGUUUGCAGUGUAAAGCUAACCUUAAUAAACCUUAAUAAACCAAAACUCCAUGC